AUGAAGAAAUACCCGGCUCCAUCUCAGGACGAGCUCCAUGCAGAGAUCUACGCUGAAAAAGCCUGGACCCUGAUGAACUUCAGCACAGACAGAGAGCUGGUUGCAGAUUACUUCCAGAAAGCCAUCAGGAUGCAGCCGGACAUGGUGGAGUGGAACACCAGUCACGUCAUAGGGUUAGUGAGUGCUUUUAAGCACAGCAACACAGGGCUGGAGGCCGACAUGUUGGAGGAAAUGAGAGCCGCCAAGGAACAGGAUCCUGAGAACUUGUACCUCGCUGCUAAAUACCUUGAGCAACGUGCAAAGAAAGGAGAAGAAGUUGAGGAUGAAGCACGUGAGUUAGCCGGGAAGAUUAUGAGAAAUCCCGUCAGCAGCUAUAGUGGUAUGAAAGCAAUACUAAGGGUUUACAGAAACUAUGUUUCUAUUGAUGAGGCCAUUGAUUUGGCAGAGCAGGCUCUGAAAAACCAUCCAGAUGAGCGUUAUCUGAAGAGAUGUGUUGCACUCUGUCUCAGAUUGAAAAUAUUUUUUUUCAGCGACAAUCGCCCAAAGCAAGUCACUGUUGACAGAGCGAUUGCUCUCCACAAGGAGAUGAUUUCUCUUUACCCUAAUUCUUCGCUUAUGAAAAAAGUAGACCUCGCAAAUAUAUACGCAAAGUCCAAUCACAGCCAGGCUAAAGCUCAGCAGAUGUACCAGGAACUGCUAAAAAGUGAUCUGGAACCUGCAGAGAAACAGCUGCUGUACAACAGCUACGCAAAAUAUUUAAACUUUGAUCUACAGGAUGGCAACAAGUCAGUACAAUAUCACAUGAAGGCGGUAGCGAUACCGCUAAAAUCCUUCUAUCGUGGGAACAGCAUCAAAGUUCUGGAGAAGAUUAAAAGUAGAAGAAGGAACUCGAUGUGGAGAGAAAUAGAGGUGUUUCUGGAAAACCUUCAAGAGCCAUAG